GAAAUUUGAAUUUACACGGAAAAAGUACGUAAAUUCAAAUUUCGCGCGGAUUAUUCCUCCCUCCCACCUCUCAAGAAUGUGCCACGCCUCCUUCGUUAGCCCAGUCGAUUAUUUUCAUCUUCAGAAAAAUGAGUCUCGCCUUGAGGCGGUCGGUUCUCGCCCUGAAGUCGCCGGGCUUGGCGCCAGUCCUCAAGGGCUCCUACCUGCCAGCCGUUCAGCAGACUCUCCAGUCCUCCUCGCAGCCUGCACCAGUGAAGCCACAGGAGAAACACCCGUACUCCCCAUUCCAAAACACCAACAACUGGGCUGAGUAUGCACUUGCUCGACUUGACGACCUCCUCAACUGGGGCAGAAAGGGCUCUUUGUGGCCUCUCACCUUUGGCCUGGCAUGCUGUGCUGUGGAAAUGAUGCACAUCGCUGCCCCCAGAUACGACAUGGAUCGUUUCGGAGUUGUCUUCAGAGCAUCUCCUCGCCAGGCUGAUGUCAUCAUUGUGGCCGGAACUUUGACCAAUAAAAUGGCCCCAGCACUCCGCAAGGUUUACGAUCAGAUGCCUGACCCUCGCUGGGUCAUUUCUAUGGGCAGCUGUGCCAACGGAGGUGGAUAUUACCACUACUCCUACUCAGUUGUGAGAGGAUGUGACAGAAUUAUCCCAGUGGAUAUUUAUGUGCCAGGCUGCCCUCCAACUGCAGAGGCACUUUUGUACGGAGUCUUGCAGCUUCAGAAGAAGGUGAAGCGUAUGAAAACUCUACAAAUGUGGUACAGAAAGUAAACUAAAAUACUGUUAGAUACUAUUUGUUGGCUCUUAAUGUAAAUAAAACAAUGAACUCAA